GGGUAAAGUCUCUCUCCCUCCCUCCCUCCCUCCCUCCAACAUGGGCCAAUGAAAGCCGCCUGCAAGUGGAUUCCGCUUUCAUUCAAGCGCUGCUCUCGUGUUUCAGCGGAACAGAGCGCCGGGGGAAUGUGUUCCCACACAAAGCCCCAUUGUGUGAAUGUGUGUCGGGCCCCGCCUGAUGGAGGCAGGGAGGCAGGGUUAGCAUCCCGGGACUUCACAAGGAAGUGUACAUGCACCAUUUAAACAAAGUCACCAACCCUCGCCGCUCCACACACCACAGUCUCAGUCUAACCCAGCGCCACAUCCACAAUCUUGGGUCCAAACGCUGGGCGAGUGGAUGACAAAGUGACCUCCACUCAUCCAACAACGCAGGAUGAGUGUGUCGGAGGAGAAGGAUUAUGACCUGGAGUGUUCCAUCUGCUUCAGUAACUACAACAAUGUAUUCCGCACUCCGAAGCAGCUUGCGUGCAACCACACCUUCUGUCUCGAGUGCCUGGCCCGUAUGAACAUGAAGGCGCAGGUGGCAGAAGCCAUCCAGUGCCCUGUGUGCCGUUCGCUGACCCGGGUGCCCAAGGAUGGGCUGCCCAAGCUGGGCAACAACUCUGGCAUCUUGUCCUGCCUGCCUGAGGCCAUGCAGAGAAUCCAGAGUAUUCGCUUCAACCGGGGCAAGGGCCGGCUCUUCGUGAAGAAAAGCCAGUGGUCCCAGAAGAAGAGGGGGAAGAAGAAAAUGUUUGCCAGCUCAGUGAGUCAAAGCCUGGACGUGGGCCGCCCAUCAGACAUGGACAAUCACCAGGUGUCGGUGCAGAGGUGGUGGUGUUGUGUCCACAAGUCCUAUGUCACUAUUGUCAUUGUCAUCAUAGUCACUCUAGCUAUCCUCAUCAGUUCCAUCUGGGUCUUUGUAGUGCGUUAGUGAACCUCACCAGCAGUGACCAGUGUGGACAGUGCCCCUCACCAGCAGUGACCAGUGUGGACAGUGACCCUCACCAGCAGUGACCAGUGUGGACAGUGACCAGUGCGGACAGUGACCACUGUGGACAGUGACCAGUGCGGACAGUGACCAGUGCGGACAGUGACCCUCACCAGCAGUGACCAGUGCGGACAGUGACCCUCACCAGCAGUGACCAGUGCGGACAGUGACCCUCACCAGCAGUGACCAGUGUGGACAGUGACCAGUGCGGACAGUGACCCUCACCAGCAGUGACCAGUGCGGACAAACUGGACAGAACCAGAUGCUUCAAGGAAUGCAACGCAACGUGUGUGCUGAAGGAAUUUCACACUUGACAUUCUUGUAAACUUGUAAAUGUAAACCGGUACUUAUUCCAUCAACUUUAUUCUCUCUGUUUGAUUUUAACCUCAUUACACGGAUCACAUUGAAGCGACUGACCUCCUGGUCAUCUGGUCAUCUGGUCAUCUGAAUGACUCUUCCCAAUGUGGGGGGAACUCUGCCUCCACAUGGCUAGGGAAAGGGAUACCUUCUCAUGUGGUCCAAUACGAUGUAGCAAUCUAGAAGGCAAAGAGUAAUAUAUAUAUAUAUUAGCACCAAUACAAAUGAGUGUUUAACGUACAGAAGCUUCCAACACGAGCUACUGUCCGACACAGAAUUGAAUUUUAUAAAAGGUAGUCGAGUUCAAUAAUACAGUGCAGUCUGAGGAAGGGUCUCGACCCGAAAUGUCACCCAUUCCUUCUCCAGAGAUGCUGCCUGUCCUGUCCCGCUGAGUUACUCCAGCGUUUUGUGUCGACCUUGAAUAAUACAGAAUAUCGCCAACAAGAAGUGGUUUCCAAACUAAUGUCCUGCCCUGGGUCCAAGCAUUCUCCCACUCAUCCCGAUCUCCCUGUCUGCUCACUUCUCUGCUUUAGUACGUUGCCUUUCAGUGACGUCUGAAUGAACAUUAACAUUGCCCGUUCUGUUAGCAUUUAACAACAUCUUGCUCCCCCUGGUUUGUGCACAAAGUGGAUACCAUCACCUAUUUCCACAUCAUAAGGAUAAUGCAUAAUACAUGAAUGCAUGUAUGAAGAAGGGUCUCAACCCGAAACGUCCCCCAUUCCUUCUCUCCAGACAUGCUGCCUGUCCCGCUGCGGUACUCCAGCUUUUUGUGACUGUACAUGCAUUCAUUAUUGGGCAAUACCAAAAUAUCUGGCAUGUCUAUCGUCUAAAAUGGACUAUGAUCCAAUUCAAUCAUAAAUAAAUGUGUUAUUGAUGACAUGUUCUCAUGUGCCAUUGUGCCCAGCAUCAGUUACUACCCAAUAUGAAUUAUUGUUGAACAUAAAUUAUUGUUAAGAAUGAACUGUUGUCCAUGAAUCAUUGUCUAAGUAAAUUAUUAUCCAUUAA